AUGGUUUCCGAGAACAUUAAGAUAUUCAUCUUCACUUUUCACCUACUGUCCUCCACCCAGGUGUCCUGGCUUAAGAGGGACGAGGAUCACAUCUUGACGGCUGGAGGGCAAGUGUAUUCCUCGGAGUCAAGAUACUCAGUGUCACAUGUACGGCAUCAGAAGCUGUGGGAACUGUCUCUAAGAGAUGUUCGCUUGACUGACGCCGGUCUUUACGAGUGUCAGCUGACAACACACCCUCCGACAUCACUAUUUUUCACUCUCAAGGUUGUUGAGGCCCGCGCCGUGAUCCAGGGCGCCCCCGAGGUGCACGUGCAGACCGGCGUGCGUCUGCGGCUCCACUGCUCCGUGGAACAGGCCACCGAACCGCCCAUCUACAUCUUCUGGUUCCACAACGGCAGCAUGAUCAACUACGCCCCCAGACGCCCCCUCAAGGUCAUGAAGCACAACUUCGGCAGUUCUCUCAUCAUCUCCAACGUGACCUGGGACGACGCCGGGUCCUACCGCUGCGAACCCCACAUGGCUGAGCCGGCGAACCUCACGCUGCACGUCGUGGCAGGAGAGAAGCACGCCGCCCUGCACAACGGCCAGAAUGACGUCACCGGCGAGGAGACUGUUCCCACCUCAGGCUCCGCCCACCUCUUCAAUGCGCCGCUGCUGAUUGGCUACUUGACAUUGAUACUUGGCAAUUACUGCUUCCAAACGCUUAUAUGUGAUCCACUUAACGAGUUCAUAGGAGUCGCCAACUUCUUAUAG